AUGGAUAAGUUACGCGAGGCCCUGGAUUUCUGCAUCCGCCACCAGACCGUUCUGGGUUACAGCGUUGUGUCCCUGCUGACAGCUAUCAGUGAGCACAUCUUCUCGUCCGUGCUGUUCAAGUGUCCCUGCAAUUCGGGAAACAUGCUGUAUGGCCUCGUCUUUCUCCUAGUGCCUGCCUUCAUCCUCUUUCUGCUUGGCUACCUGAUGAACCCCAGGACCCGGCACCUGCUGACAGGCACCUGCUCUCAGAGGAAGUGCAGACUCUGGGGAACCCGCACCGAAUACUGCCUCGCGCUGAUACCGGUGACAGCCAGAGCCUCGGUGGCCCCCCUCACCUGGGUCGCGGUGGCCCUCCUCAGAGCCAGCUUCUACGAGUGCGCGGCCAGCGGGAACGGCCUGAUAAAGAACCUCGUCUGUAAGGAUAAAGGACAAGAGUGUCACAAGCUGCUGGUCAAAAUACCCUGUGAUCAGAAGUUAUCAGAGAUGGUAUCAAGUGAAUUCCUCAGCCUUCAGGCACAGUCCCAGGUGGUAGGAUGGCUGCUGAUAGCCAGCAUCAUGGCUGUGGCGCUGAUCGCAAGGUGUGCCAGCCACUGUUGCUCCCCGGUUAGCUACCCUCGGCUCACGUUCUGGGAAAUCUACUUGAAAAAGGAAGAGGAGCUCUUUAAGAUCGAGGCUAAAAAGCAAGCAACCAAGCUGGCAGAAAGAAAUAUAAAUUGCUUUUUUGAAGGCACUGCCCCAGCGCAGUUUCAGUCUCCCAGCAGCGAAGACUGGCAGAGUAUUUCAUACUUGUACACCUUCAGUGAGGAAGAGCAGUAUUACAGCAUGAUGCACAAGCACGUCAGCACAAAGGAAGGCAACAACGUUAGACCCAGGGAAGGAGACCAGAAUCCCACUGCUUUAGAAACUGUGGAUGAAGCAAGUGCAAGCGAAUCAGGGUUUUAA